AUGAGCUAUCAACAGGGUUGCGCAACGUCUGGGGUGGCCUCGAGCCGAUGCGCAACUCCAUUCGUGGUCCGCAAGGUGUUCGAGUUCCAGGCCUACGUGCACGCCGCCCUCGUCGACGUGUAUGACGUCUCUAAACGCUUGGUGGAAGCACUGAAGGUGUUCGAUGGAAUGCCGGUGAAGAAUGUGGUUUCGCGGAAUGUGAUGAUCACGGGCUUCGUCGGGUGGGUGAGGUUGAGUAUGCGAGGCUUCUGUUUAAGCAGAUGCCCUGCAGCAAUGUUGUCUCAUGGACCAGGCCGAUUGAUAGGGAUUAGGCCCAACAGAGUCACCUUCUUGAGCGUCAUUGAUGCUUGCAGUCAUGGGGGGCUGAUGGAGCAAGGUAAGUAUGGAGAAGUUGAGAUGGGGGAGAGGGCUAUAAAGAAGAUACUGGACUUAGAAAGAGAAUGCGGAGGUGAUUUUGCAGUGCUGUCCAAUAUUGAAGCAGGUGAAGUGAACGUAAUGUCUAAUUCUUUCUCCUCUUUCACUAGAUCGUCUUGUAAUGAUGGAAGCUGUAAAGAAGCUCCAUGCACUUUCUGGCCUGCACAUCUGUCAAUAUGCCACAGACAACUUGACAUUUCUUUCGCAUCUAAAACUUUUGCAAAAACUUAUGCUCACAAGGAAGGUGAACAGAUGCACAUCCAUGUUAUAAAAUUUGGAUUUCUUCUGGACAUCUUUGUUUCCAAUUCGCUGAUUCAUCUAUAUGUUGCUUGCGGUGAUCUCGUCUGUGCAAGAUCUGUCUUUAAUGAUAUGCUAGUUAAGGAUGUCGUGUCCUGGAAUUCCUUGACUGAUGCACAACUGUAG